AUGCAACUCGCCAUCACUAUGGAUAAAUUACAAACUCUCGUGAGAUGGCCCUGGCAUUGGGAGGAGCAUGACGGCAUUUUGCACGGAAAUAAUACUUCUCCACCAAUACCAAUUGCAGCCCUUGCGGCUAGCACUCAUGCCCAAAAUGUCUUCCCCCGCGGCACUCGUCCAUCCAACAUCCUCGACUCCCGAGCCCUUCUUCAAGACAUAGUAACAUUCGACGAACAUUCCCUGUUCAUCCACGGGGAGCGCGUAACAAUCUUCUCCGCCGAAAUCCACCCCUUCCGUCUCCCCGUCGCAUCACUCUACCCAGAUCUCUUCCAAAAAGUCAAAGCCAUGGGUUUCAACAUGGUAUCGUUCUAUGUUGACUGGGCUCUAUUGGAAGGUAAACCUGGAGAGUUUAGAUCUGAGGGUGCGCUGGACUUACAGCCGUUUAUUGAUGCGGCGCAUGAGGCGGGGAUCUAUCUCCUUGCGAGACCGGGGCCGUAUAUCAAUGCUGAGGUUUCGGGGGGUGGAUUUCCGGGAUGGUUGCAGAGAGUGAAGGGGUUUUUGAGGACGAAUGCUACGGAUUAUCUCGCUGCUACUGAUAACUAUGUAGCCCAUGUCGCCAAGAUCAUCGCAAAAGCUCAAAUCACCAACGGUGGACCGGUCAUUCUGUACCAACCGGAGAACGAGUACAGUGCUGCGCAGGGAACGCCCUUCCCAAACCAUGAUUACUUGAAAUACGUCAAUGACCAAGUUCGCAAGGCUGGAGUUGUUGUGCCUCUUAUCAACAAUGAUGCUUGGCAAGGAGGUACUGGAGCUCCUGGAACGGGACCUGGCGCUGUCGACAUUUACGGACAUGACGGAUAUCCUGUUGGAUUUGACUGCGCAAACCCCUACACAUGGCCGAAGGAUGGCCUUCCAACGACAUGGCAUGCCGAGCAUGAGAAGAUCAGCCCUAACACGCCGUACUCAAUCAUUGAGUUCCAAGGUGGAGGUUUCGAUCCACCAGGUGGCGGCGGCUUUGACAACUGCUAUGAGCUCACCAACCACGAGUUCGCUCGCAUCUUCUACAAGAACAACCUUGCUGCUGGUGUUACUAUCUUUAAUAUCUACAUGACUUGGGGCGGCACGAACUGGGGUAAUCUUGGCCACUCCGAUGGCUACACUUCUUACGACUAUGGAGCAGCUAUCAAGGAAGACCGAACAAUUACCCGCGAGAAAUACUCCGAGAUAAAGCUCCAAGGCCAAUUCCUCCGCGUCUCACCAAACUACGCCAUCGCAGAAGCAAGCAACUUCACAACCACAAAAUACACCGACAACAAGAACAUCGCCGUAACAGCUCUAACCACCAAGAAAGAUGAUGCAUUCUACGUCGUACGCCACGCUGACUACCGAACCACUGUUUCAGCAUCUUAUAAGCUCAAAGUCAAGACCUCCACUGGAACUCUAACCAUCCCUCAACUUGGCGGAUCUUUGUCGCUGCAUAGACGAGAUUCGAAGAUCCAUGUUGUGGAUUACCCCGUUGGCAAGUUUAAGUUAUUGUAUAGCACUGCUGAGGUUUUUACGUGGAAGGUACUUGGGGAUAAGACUGUUCUUGUGGUUUAUGGGGGUGCUGAUGAAGUUCAUGAAGUUGCUGUUAAGGGACAGGAAAAGGUUAAAGUUGUUGAGGGUGAUGGUGUGAAGAUUGAGAAGAAGAACGGAGCUGGGGUGUUUCAGUUCAAUACUAGCACCAAGCGUCGUGUUGUGCAGGCUGGAUCUCUUUACAUCUACCUCUUGGAUCGCAAUGCUGCGUACAAGUACUGGGUACCCACUAUCCCAAGCAAAAAGAGUGGAGAGUAUGGAUCUUCCGUGAUGAACCCCGACGCCGUCAUCAUCAACGGCCCAUACCUCGUCCGUUCUGUUGCUGUUGAAGGCUCCAAGCUUUCUGUUCAAGCUGACUUCAACAUCACUACACCAGUUGAGAUCAUCGGCGCACCAAAAGGAACAUCUCGCCUGUCUAUCAAUGGCAAGGACACUUCCUUUACCAAGUCUAAGCUUGGAAACUGGCUGGUCAACCCAGAGAUCAAGCUUCCCACCGUCAAAGUUCCUGAUGUCAAGUCAUUGGAUUGGCACUACAUCGACGGCCUUCCUGAAGUAAAGAAGGACUUCGAUGAUUCCAAGUGGCGCACGGCGGAUAUCAAGAAGACUCUCAACUCGAAGUGGCCUCUUAACAACUCCGUCUCACUGUACUCUGGUGACUAUGGCUUUAACGCUGGUGCACUCAUCUUCCGCGGUCACUUCACAGCUUCUGGAUCAGAGUCCAAGCUCAAACUGUGGACGUUUGGCGGACGCGCUUAUGGAAGCUCAGUCUGGCUCGACGACAAGUUCGUCGGGUCCGUCACAGGCGGGGGCAACAACAACAACGACACGUCAACAUACAAACUUCCCAAGACCGAAAAGGGUAAGAAGCACGUCGUUACAGUCAUCGUAGACAACAUGGGCCUGAACGGAAACUGGGUCCCCGGCGUCGAUGAGACAAAGCAACCUCGCGGAAUUCUCGACUGGCACAUCACCUCAGACUCUGGCAAAGAGACCAAGGUGUCAAAGUGGAAAUUGACCGGCAAUCUCGGCGGCGAGAAUUACAAGGACAAAUUCCGCGGUCCCCUCAACGAAGGCGGCUUUUUCUUCGAGCGCCAAGGCUAUCAUCUCCCAUCCCCUCCGCUAACCUCCUUCAAAUCCGGAUCCCCCUUCAAAGGGCUUUCCAAGCCCGGCGUGUCAUUCUACACAGCCAAACUUCCCCUCAACCUCCCUUCUUCAACACACGACAUUCCUCUAUCAUUCAACUUCAAGAACAACACUUCCAGCACAGGUGCGUACCGCGCUAUUCUCUACGUAAACGGUUUCCAAUACGGAAAAUACAUCGCCAACGUGGGACCCCAGACAGUCUUCCCUGUCCCUGAAGGAAUCUUAAACUAUAAGGGUGAUAACUGGAUCGGUAUCGCGCUCUGGGCGUUGGAGAAGAGCGCUAAUGUCGAUGGGUUGAGCUUAACAGCUGGUGUUGCUGUUCAAACCGGUCGAAAGCCUGUGAAAGUGGUCGAGGGGCCGAAGUAUUCUAGACGCCAAGAUGCUUAUUAG